AAGCAGGAUCAUUAUCCUCGAGUUGUAGUGAGAGUGACGGGUUUAGUGACGGCAAACAGGGUGUUAUACGUCAGUAUAGAAGUUGUAGCUUCAUAACCCAGAACAAAAGUAAAAGUUGACGUAAUCGAGAUCGAUAUGAGCUUCGAUUCAGUGGUUCGUUGUAGAGGCGUGGCGUGCUGGCGCUGGGCGUGAUCGCAUCAAAGAGCAUGAAACGUCGCGCAAAGUCUGUGCAUAUGUAUCGCUUGUUGAGUGUCUUAUUUGUGUUUCGGUCAAUAGUGUCGAACAUCGGCUCGGAAAAAGACCUGAUAAUUGAUUCCCACGUUGUACCCCGGAAGCAACGGCGACCUCUUCCCCUGGUGCUACGUAAGCAUAUAGAAGUCUAACUCUAAACGUAGUCGUGGUACAACUUCAACGAGUCCUCCUAUUUAUAUUUGAUUCACAUUUUUACAUUAUACCGACCAAUUUCAUCUAUCAAGAAUAUCACUCUCAUUCACAAUCACAACGAUUUUUGAGUUUCUUCUUUUCUAGUUUGGGCUCGUCCACUGCAAAUAUCAUUAUGUAUGAAGACGUUGAGCUACAAGAUAAAAAUGAGACACAGUAGAAGAGUAUUAGACGAGGAGUAGAGGUUGCAAACUAUUCUCUCAGCCGUCCUAAAAAAACGUCCUAAAAAAAAGGCGGGUAGCGUGACUGAAUGAAUUUGGAAAUCUCUAACGUUGCUGUUGAAGAAGAUCGUUGAAAGCUCAUGUUCGUGUGGCAAAUUCUACAAGAUCAAGAAGAUGAAUUACUACGAGUUACUUGGCGUUGGUUGGGACUGCAGUGCAGAUGAUUUGAAAAAGGCGUAUAAGAGAGCGGCCUUGAAUUAGGGCUGCCGGUCAAGCAUUUCAUCUUGUUAGUUUCAUGAUGAUCCUUGGUUCUUUUUUUUGCACUUGAAUUAGGGCCAAGGAUAACAUUAAUUUUAAUAUAAAGACAACUUUUUGAAAAUAAAAAAGGGCCUAAGGAUGCGCCCAGGAAUGCUAAGGCAGUAGCUCUAAUUGGAGCAUCAUCCGGACAAGGGCGGGGAUGCGGAGACCUUCAAGGAGGUCAGUAUCGCCUACGAGACCCUCAACGAUGAGAGCAAGCGCCUGCUCUACGAUCGCUCUUUACGCCUCAACUUAAGGCAAGAAAGGAUCAAAUCUACUCACUAAUUCAGUAGCAAACCAUGUCCUCUGUUACUGAUCCUGGUAGACCUCCAAUACCUAACCUGAGCUUAACCUAACGUAACUAAUUAAUCUUUCUUGGUUGUGCAACACCAUGAUCUGUGAAGAUAAUUGUUCAUCUUUGGAUUUGAUUGCAUCUCUCUCUCUGAAGAACAGUAUAAUUCCACUUCAUGAGGAUGAGCAAUACUGAAAUUGAUAUUAAGAAAAAGGAGUUGAAGAUGAGUACAGAUGAAUUUAUUAUAAUGCAUAGAAAAAACUAAUAAGUUGUCUAAUAAACGGGGGAACCAGCGGAGCAGUGCCACCGUAUCGUGCACGCAACUCCCAACAACAGCCUGGUGGAGGCGGCGGGUCCUCUACGGCGACGAGUGGUUCUUAUGCUAGUGGCGCUAAUAGUGCCGCAGGACCUGGUGGCGCAGGAGCAUCACGAAGAGGAGUUCCGGCGAAUCUGGACGAGCUAUCCGCGAAGGAUUUGAAGGCCUUGCUAGAGAGCUGGGGAAUCCGCCAUGAUGAUUGUUUCGAGCGAUCCGAGUUGGUCCAAAGGUUAAGGUUUUCCCAGAGACAUCACAUAGAUAAAGAAACAUAACCGCGGGGUAGUUUUCCCUCAUUAGGAUAGAUUAGUCCUAGAUAGGUGAGGGAAAUCUUAGGUAGAUUGCCGAAUAGAUUCGCGUCAUCAAGUCCCUCAAAUCAAUAUGAAUUGAGAUCUUCCCUCAGAAAUACUUUUUAUGCAGCCCAGUUAUACAGGCACAGCCCCAAUUAGAAACUUAUAGACGACAGACACAGAGACUACAGUAACACAGCAUAUUCUUGCGGGUACAGCAGUAAAAGACCUAAAAAUUAUAGCUAGAUGAGGAUUUUCUACAGGGAUAUAUAAUUGGGGCAUGCUCUAAAAAGAGUGCGCAGUUCAGGUUCAGCAGGUGGAUCGUAUAACCCUGGAACUGCUGGUGCACCUGGUGGAGGAUCUUCUACAACGUCGUCGGGGCCUGGAGGAGGAUCUUCAUUUUCAUCUUCAGGCAGUAGUACAAGUACAGGCAGUAGUAGUGGUCCUCAUCCUCAACAAGCACAGCCUCCACCACCAGCAAACACGAACAGCAGGCCUUUUCGCGGUGCGGCGUGGGAUAGCGCGAAGUAUCAGGCGAUGACAGAAGAGAGGCAAGCUGCGACAUCUUCCGGUGGCGAAACGAGACCAGCUACGCGAGUCAAGGUCAUAUCAAUGGGCCCAAGUAAUUCCGGAAAGAGCUGUCUCAUCAAACGCUUCUGCGAGGGUCGCUUUGUUCCGCGAUACAUCUCAACAAUCGGAGUGGACUACGGCGUCAAGGGCGUUAGUACUUUCCAUUUCCUUACUGCAAUGAGCACUGAGCUGCGUUCCUCUACGUGGGCAAGAAUAGUAGUUGGUUCGUUCUAUAAUAGAAGACCAAGACGAUCAACUUUUCUGCUAGAACUUGACGCAACAUACAAAGAAGCAAGAACUUUAUUGCGCUUGUGAGAAUGAGUGAUGGAGGUAAGUUUAUCUUCCGCCUGUACUUGUAGUUGCACAUGUACUUGUUGUACAGGGUGAACUAGAACUUCCUGCAUAGACGCACAAUCUGAACCAACUUUCUUCAGACAUCGGAAAAGAGCGUGUGAAAGUAAACUUUUUCGACCUGAGCGGUCACGAAGAUUUUCGCGAUAUACGAACCGAAUUCUACGAAAAUUCACAAGGCGUUCUCAUGUGCUACGAUGCUUCGAAUGCGGAGACAUUCAAGAAAUUGCAAUGUACUUUUUCUUGUGCAUUAGAAUUAGUGAAUAAUUCAUAUGAUUUGAAGAAUUAUGAUUACGUUUACAAUGCCGUACUUAGAGUAAAAAUAGAUAAGUGAACAUCAGCAAAGUGCAGGUAAGCUGCGAGUACGACUGAACGUGAACCAGUCUUGUUACCAAUGAUCAUCCUGAGUAAAUUUUAGAUGGAGUAGAUUAGUGCUGCUGUGACAUCUCUACCAAACUACAGCGUCAUGGGUUUGGGAAGCCCGUUCACACGGUUUGAAUUUCAGCAGUGCUGUAUGCUUGUUGUGCGCGAAUAAGUGCGAUGUAGCCGGGAGGCAGGUGUCGAAAGUUUAUGGACGAGAAUAGUGAACUUCUUCGACCAAGAAUUUCAAUUUUUGAGUUUGAUGAGUAAAGUUGUAGUGGUGCUCCUUCAGUUCAGUAUACAUAGGUACUAGUUGUUGUGGUGCCACGAUUGACUUGCUUGCUCUAGAACAACUGCGGAUCACGAUCAAGAUGAAGAUUGGUGAUGUUCGUUGUUAACCUCCCAUGAGUAAAUCACGACUUUCUCUUCUAACGCAUAAAACUCGUGCAUAUUGAAAUCAGAUGAACAAGAAGUAGAAGAGCAAGAUCAUUCUUAUUUUUUCUAGUCCAUUAUGAUAUCAAGGGCAAACAAAAACUACUAACAUUAUAAUAUCAAGGGCAAACAAGAACCACUAACAUUAUAAUAUGUAGGGCAGAGAACUACUAGGAGUCCCCCUUUCAUAGCAGCGAGGGCCAGCAAUUUGCAACGGAAAACGGGUUUCUGUAUUUCGAGCUCUCUGCUUCAACGGGAGAGAAUAUUGUGCAGGCGUUCAACCUACUUUAUGGUCAGCUUUUAUCCAUUUUUCUCGGCAUCUUGGUACCCUUUUGCCUUGUAUUCUCAUGAAAUACAAGGAGAAAGGGGUCGAGAUGAGGGGACCAGGAUGGGUUAAAGCUGAGUCUAACUCCUGUUCGAAAAAAUUUGUUCGAAGCUACGAGAUGACCUCGGCAAAAUUGCAGGUGGCUGAGCUUCUGCAUGACCGGUCAUCUGCAUUACCACUCGAAGUGGAAGAGACACAGGAAUCAUGAAUCAGACUCAGAGCCACGCCAGUAGUAUCACAGCUACUGCACCCCAUUCGUCGUCCAGCGUCGUUUUUCGUUUCCACACAGAGGAGCUGAAGCAUUCAUCUUCCUCAAGUAGUAGAACGGAGAGCUAACCUGGAGGUCAUAAGCGGAGUUUUUUCCGUGGCUGUAAAUUUGGGUCAGUACUACAGGCUGCAGCUGCGAGGCUCCAGUGCUGCAGAUGUUCGACUAAGACCUUACCUGAAUGUUUCUGCUCCACAGGAGUUGGAGUGUCAUAUUGUGAUAUACAACGCGUCGUACUCGUAUUUCCGCAGUAAAAAUCGAGGACCCGAUGUCGAGUUACCGCACACGUCGCGCACCAUGUAGCCCAGCAACAUAGGGCAGCGUCGGACCUGCUGCUUGAGCGACCGGAACGAUGACGCGUCGCUUUCGAUGAGAAGAGAUAGAUGGAUUUGAUAUGUCAUAUCCAGGAUCCUCUUGCACACUGACGCUGAUCAUGUUCCUCCUUCCUUACUAAUCCGGAUGUUCCUACUCCAUUCCUUACUCCAUCCUUCGGGUUAGUAAUUCUGUACCUCACUCUUGCAUUUAAGCCAGCGCUGCAGGGCACGUGAAGUAAACGGGAACAGUCUUUUUUCAAACUGGUAGAAGUUUUUUUCGCUGAGCUUUCGCACAUCUUGAUGGAUCAUACGCAAAGAGUUUUGUUUUCGUCGGUGCUUCAGGCGCAUCGUGCUCAUGCGGACAGCUAAGUAUGUCA